AUGAAAGCCUUUUCUAAUUUAGUAACUACGCGUCAAUAUGCAAUAAGAUUUAAAAGAUUUAAUGAAGCUGGAGUAGAAAUGUUACUAAGAUGGCUUCAUGAAAAGAUUUUUCCAGAUAAUUCAUCCAAUGUUCCAGUAAAAGCUGAAAUAGUUGAAAUUGCAUUGAAAUAUUUAAAACAUCAAGGUCUAAAAAGAAAGGAAACAGAAAAUUUCCCAAUGUUCCUGAAUUUAAUAUACAAACUUAUAUGGCAAUUCUAUAGCUAA